AGGAAUCGAGGGGGGGAGAGAGGUUAACAUGGCGGACGUGAGAGCGUCCGAGGGCCGGCCAGAGAGUACGAGCCGCCCGAGGCGGGUGGGAGUCUGGAGGAGGGAACCGGGACGAGCAGGCCGGUCCCCGUGCAGCGAUGAGGCUCCUCCGGCAUUCCUCCUCCACAAACAAAAUGGGUGGACUCCACCACUCACAAGCUGUGUGACCUGCGGCAAGUUACCCAGGCUUCUCGGGGCCUCAGCUUCCCCAUCGGAGCAAUGGGGAUAGCAGUGGUGCUCACCUCAUGGGGUUGCCUGGGAAUGUGAGAGCCUAGCUGGAGAGGACAAGGGCAGAAAGCACCAUGAGUGGCGGCCCUAUGGGAGGCAGGCCCGGGGUCCGGGGAGGACCCGCGGCUCAGCAGAACAUACCCUCCACCCUCCUCCAGGACCACGAGAACCAGCGGCUCUUCGACAUGCUUGGACGAAAAUGUUGGACCCUGGCCACCGCAGUUGUUCAGCUGUACCUGGCGCUGCCCCCUGGAGCUGAGCACUGGACCAAGGAGCAUUGUGGGGCUGUGUGCUUCGUCAAGGAUAACCCCCAGAAGUCCUACUUCAUCCGCCUUUACAGCCUUCAGGCUGGCCGGCUGCUCUGGGAACAGGAGCUGUACUCACAGCUGGUCUACUCUACUCCCACCCCCUUCUUCCACACCUUCGCUGGAGAUGACUGCCAAGCAGGGCUGAACUUUGCAGACGAGGGCGAGGCCCAGGCCUUCCGGGCCCUGGUGCAGGAGAAGAUACAAAAAAGGAAUCAGAGGCAAAGUGGAGACAGACGCCAGCUACCCCCACCACCAGCACCAGCCAAUGAAGAGAGAAGAGGAGGGCUCCCGCCCCUGCCCCCACACCCAAGUGGAGACCAAGGGGGUACACCAGCUGGCCCACUGGCCCUGGGGCUGGUGACAGUGGACAUCCAGAACCCUGACAUCACAAGUUCACGAUACCGAGGACUCCCAGCACCUGGACCUGGCCCAGCUGAUAAGAAACGUUCAGGGAAGAAGAAGAUUAGCAAGGCUGAUAUUGGUGCACCCUGUGGAUUCAAACAUGUCAGCCAUGUGGGGUGGGACCCCCAGAAUGGAUUUGACGUGAACAACCUCGACCCGGAUCUGCGGAGUCUGUUCUCCAGGGCGGGAAUCAGCGAGGCCCAGCUCACCGAUGCUGAGACCUCCAAACUUAUCUACGACUUCAUUGAGGACCAGGGUGGGCUGGAGGCUGUGCGACAGGAGAUGAGGCGCCAGGAUCCGCUUCCACCGCCCCCACCGCCAUCCCGAGGAGGGAACCAGCCCCCACGGCCCCCUAUUGUGGGGGGUAACAAGGGUCGUUCUGGUCCACUGCCCCCUGUACCUUUGGGGGGUGCUCCACCCCCACCAACACCCCGGGGACCCCCACCCCCAGGCCGAGGGGGCCCUCCACCACCACCCCCUCCAGCCACUGGACGUUCUGGACCACCUCCUCCUCCUCCGCCUCCUGGGGCUGGGGGCCCGGCCCUGCCACCCCCCCCUCCGCCACCACCACCACCACCACCCAGCUCAGGGGAUGGGCCAGUCCCUCCCCCACCCCCACCUGCUUUGGUGCCUGGGGGGGGCAUGGCCUCUGGUGGGGGUCGGGGGGCACUUUUGGAUCAAAUCCGGCAGGGAAUUCAGCUGAACAAGACCCCUGGGUCCCUAGACAGCUCAGCGCCGCAGCCGCCACCCCAGAGCUCGGAGGGGCUCGUGGGGGCCCUGAUGCACGUGAUGCAGAAGAGAAGCAGAGCCAUCCACUCCUCGGACGAAGGGGAGGACCAGGCCGGCGAUGAGGAAGAGGAUGAUGAAUGGGAUGACUGAGUUGCCACCCCGUGCUCCUGCCCACCGGCCACAGCUCCCAUUCCAUCUGCUCUGGGCCACCCUCUGCUCUCUGCUUCCAGGGCCCCAAGCCCUGUUUCUCUCUUUCUUUUUUUUUUAAUGGAGACAGAGUGUCACUC